UUUUAUAUAAAAUAAUUUUUGACAAAAUUAGGGUUUUGCUAAUUUUUGGUGCUUUUGUGUCACUAAAUUUCUAAAAAACCAAAAUGAAGAAGAAAGUUCGCAAUCAAAAUUACUUACCGCAGAUUACAAACGAGGGUAAAUUUAUUUGCCCUUUUCCGCAACCUCCAGUACAGCAAAACAGGGAUGCGAUAUGGUACAAGGAUCUCAGUCCACAUGAUCGUUUGUAUUAUCAUCAAACUUUGAGCACAACGCGGUGGUCGAGAUGCUUCAAACAGACGGAUAAGAUACCGAAGGAUUCGUUAGAUUUUGCUUUACUUUCCACUUACAAUAACUUAACUGAAGUAUUUCCAAAAAAAGUGGAUACAGUGAUGCAACCCGAAACUUGCGGAGAGAAGGAAACAUUUCGAAAACUUCGAAAUACUCGCCAGAUUACUGUGAAUUAUAACAUGAGGUUUCAGCAUCCACUUAUAAUUGGUGGAAUAACUCAUGAGAAGGUGGAGCCUAACAGCGUUAAACUCAUGAUAUCCGGCCCGCACGUUCAACUAACAAAUAAUGGAUAUUCACGUCAAGAGGGUGAUGGUAAUCCUUUCCGUUAUUAACAAAGCGAACUAUUUCUUUUACAUUUUGGUUAAAAUAUUUCUGCCACAUAUCUUGAACAAACAUCUAAAACCAUUUAUUUUGGUAAAAUAAAUUCAGUAUAACAACAGCUAA